GCAGCCCCGGGGGCCUGAAUUAGGCUACUCCCCGGGCUGACACUCUCUCCCUAAGGAAGACGUGCUGUCGAAUCAGCGCUGGGCAGCGAGAGCGCCCAGGGGGGCUUCUUCAUUUGAGGAGAGGUGGGGUUAUAGGGCACAGGUGACAGGGCCGGAGAAAGAUGGAGCAGCCCUGGGCGGCGGCGUCGGGAGCGGGAGGCGGCAGCGAGGAACCCUAUGGGGGCCGGAGCAACAAGCGGAGCGCGGGGAACCGAGCUGCCAACGAAGAGGAAACGAAAAACAAACCCAAAUUGCGUGACCGAAUUACAAGUUUUAGAAAAUCUACAGUCAAGAAAGAAAAGCCUCUUAUUCAACAUCCUAUUGAUUCCCAAGUCGCAAUGAGUGAGUUUCCAGUAGCUCAGCCAUUGUAUGAUGAACGAUCUUUGAAUUUGUCAGAAAAGGAAGUACUGGAUCUCUUUGAAAAAAUGAUGGAGGACAUGAACCUUAAUGAAGAAAAAAAAGCUCCUUUACGAAACAAAGAUUUUACCACCAAGCGUGAGAUGGUUGUCCAGUAUAUUUCUGCUACUGCCAAAUCUGGUGGUCUGAAAAACAGCAAGCAUGAAUGUACUCUGUCUUCACAAGAAUAUGUUCAUGAAUUACGAUCUGGUAUUUCAGAUGAGAAACUUCUUAACUGCCUAGAAUCCCUGAGGGUUUCAUUAACCAGCAAUCCUGUCAGUUGGGUUAACAACUUUGGACAUGAAGGUCUUGGGCUCUUAUUGGAUGUUCUGGAAAAGAUUCUGGACAAAAAACUGCAAGAAAAUAUUGACAAGAAGAAUCAAUAUAAACUCAUUCAGUGCCUCAAAGCAUUUAUGAAUAAUAAGUUUGGAUUACAAAGGAUUCUAGGGGAUGAAAGAAGUCUUUUACUAUUGGCAAGAGCAAUUGACCCCAAACAACCCAACAUGAUGACUGAAAUAGUAAAAAUACUUUCUGCUAUUUGCAUUGUUGGAGAAGAGAAUAUUCUAGAUAAACUUUUAGGGGCUAUAACUACUGCUGCAGAGAGAAAUAACAGGGAGCGAUUUUCACCAAUUGUGGAAGGAUUGGAAAAUCAUGAAGCUUUGCAAUUACAGGUGGCGUGCAUGCAGUUUAUAAAUGCCCUUGUCACUUCUCCAUAUGACCUUGAUUUCCGAAUCCAUUUAAGGAAUGAAUUCCUUCGUUCAGGACUAAAAACCAUGUUACCAGAUCUAAAAGAAAAAGAGAACGAUGAGCUUGAUAUUCAGUUGAAAGUAUUUGAUGAGAACAAAGAGGACGACCUAACUGAAUUAUCCCAUCGUCUCAAUGAUAUUCGAGCAGAAAUGGAUGAUAUGAAUGAAGUAUAUCACCUUCUAUAUAAUAUGUUGAAAGAUACUGCAGCUGAAAAUUACUUAUUAUCCAUUCUGCAACACUUUUUGCUCAUCAGAAAUGAUUAUUAUAUCAGGCCACAGUAUUAUAAAAUAAUUGAGGAGUGUGUUUCUCAGAUAGUGUUGCACUGCAGUGGCAUGGACCCAGACUUUAAGUACAGACAAAGAUUAGACAUUGAUUUUACUCAUCUGAUAGAUUCUUGUGUGAACAAGGCAAAAGUUGAAGAAAGUGAACAAAAAGCAAUGGAAUUUUCAAAGAAGUUUGAUGAAGAAUUCACAGCUCGACAGGAAGCUCAAGCUGAGCUUCAAAAACGAGAAGAAAAAAUCAAAGAACUUGAAACAGAAAUCCAGCUACUUCGAAUCCAGGGCCAUGGAUCCUUGAGUUCAUCAGGAACUCCAGGUCCUCCUCCACCACCUCCCUUGCCAGGUGUUGGCCCACCACCACCUCCACCACCUGCACCUCUACCUGGAGCUCCUCCUCCUCCACCUCCAUUAUCUGGAUUUGGGGGUAUUCCACCACCACCACCACCACCUUUAUUUGGAGGACCUCCUGCACCACCACCCCUCGGAGGAAUGUCUUCUCCCCCAGGAGUGCCACUUGAUCUACCUUAUGGAAUGAAGCAGAAGAAAAUAUAUAAACCUGAAGUGUCCAUGAAGAGAAUCAAUUGGUCAAAGAUCGAGCCUAAAGAAUUAUCUGAGAACUGUUUCUGGUUAAAAGUAAAAGAAGAAAAGUUUGAAAAUCCAGAUCUCUUUGCAAAAUUGGCACUGAAUUUUGCUACCCAUAUAAAAGGUACAUCUUUUAAAAUAUAUAAAUUUCUGAUUCUGAUAUAUUGCAAUUUAGUACCAUGCCAAAGAUUUUUAGAAAUGUGUAUAUGUGAAAUUUUUCCAUACUGGAUAGUGUCAAACAAAUACAUUAACAAAUUAGCUAUAUAUUAUCCAGUAACGAAAAAAAAAAAAAAAGAAAAAAAAAACCUCUUUUUCCUUUGAAUUU